CUUCCUGGCUCCACACAAAGCGGCUGCCGCUGGUGUCAGGGCUGUGUCUCUACUACUACCAGGAAAGUUCGGCAAAUACGUUAUCGCUCUCAUCUUUCGGCUGUGCGCCCGACCCUCCCCCACUUGUUGAUCCCUCCUCCCCCCUCGAUGCUUACAGUUAAGAAAAUCGAGUCAAUUGGGGGCGGCGAAAACGGCACCGAGCCAUUGCCCCCGGCCUCUUCUUCAUCCUCAUCGUCGUCCUCCUCCGGUAUCAUGGCCUCGCCUGACACAGGGGCGCCCUUAGAGAGGACCCCAAGAAAAAAAGAGAGGUCUUCUCCCGGGGCCGAGCAUGGAUCCUCAUCGGGACCGAGUAUCAUGGCGGGCGCGGAUGGGGGGCUACCGGAGACCCCCGAGGGUCGUAGGACCAGUAGGAGAAAGAGGGCCAAGGUUGAAUACAGAGAAAUGGAUGAAAGUCUUGCAAACCUUUCUGAAGAUGAAUAUUAUUCCGAAGAGGAGAGAAAUGCAAAGGCGGAAAGAGAGAAAAAAGUGCCACCACCACCUCCGCAGGCUCCUCCAGAAGAAGAAAUCGACAGUGAGCCUGAAGAGCCCUCUGGAGUGGAGGGUGCUGCAUUCCAGAGUAGGCUUCCACAUGACCGAAUGACCUCCCAAGAAGCAGCAUGCUUCCCAGACAUUAUCAGUGGCCCUCAGCCAACCCAGAAGGUUUUCCUUUAUAUCCGAAAUCGAACUUUACAGUUGUGGUUGGACAACCCAAAGGUUCAACUUACAUUUGAGGCAACACUUCAACAGCUGGAAGCACCCUACAAUAGUGAUUCGGUGCUUGUCCACAGAGUACAUUGCUACCUUGAAAGGCAUGGUUUAAUAAAUUUUGGAAUCUACAAAAGAUUGAAACCUUUGCCAACCAAGAAAACCGGUAAAGUAAUAAUCAUUGGUGCAGGUGUGUCUGGCCUGGCUGCAGCCCGACAGUUGCAGAGCUUUGGCAUGGAUGUAACAGUCCUGGAGGCCAGAGACCGCGUCGGAGGAAGAGUCGCCACUUUCCGUAAAGGAAAUUAUGUUGCUGACUUAGGUGCGAUGGUGGUCACAGGCCUUGGUGGCAAUCCAAUGGCUGUAAUUAGUAAACAAGUAAACAUGGAACUUGCAAAAAUCAAACAAAAAUGCCCUCUUUAUGAAGCGAAUGGACAAGCUCUUCAGGUACCCAAAGAGAAAGAUGAGAUGGUGGAACAAGAAUUCAACAGACUCCUGGAAGCGACAUCCUACCUCAGCCAUCAGUUGGACUUUAAUAUUCUUAACAACAAGCCUGUGUCACUCGGGCAGGCACUGGAGGUUGUUAUACAACUGCAGGAAAAACAUGUGAAAGAUGAACAAAUUGAACACUGGAAAAAAAUUGUGAAAACUCAAGAGGAACUAAGAGACCUGUUGAAUAAGAUGGUCAACUUGAAAGAGAAGAUCAAGGAGCUUCAUCAGCAGUAUAAAGAGGCAUCAGAGGUGAAACCUCCAAGAGACAUUACAGCCGAGUUCCUGGUUAAAAGCAAACUCAGGGACUUAAACGCACUUAUCAAGGAAUAUGAUCAAUUAUCGGAGUCCCAGGUUAAACUAGAGGAAAAAUUGCAGGAACUUGAAGCCAACCCUCCAAGUGAUGUUUACUUGUCCUCACGAGACAGGCAAAUACUUGACUGGCAUUUUGCAAACUUAGAAUUUGCUAAUGCAACACCAUUGUCCACCCUCUCCUUGAAGCACUGGGAUCAGGAUGAUGAUUUUGAGUUCACUGGCAGCCAUUUAACCGUUCGCAAUGGUUAUUCUUGUGUUCCUGUGGCACUGGCGGAAGGAUUAGACAUCAAGCUAAACACAGCUGUCCGACAAGUGCGCUACACAGCAUCUGGCUGCGAGGUGAUUGCUGUGAACACACGGUCUACCAGCCAGACCUUCAUAUACAAGUGUGAUGCUGUACUGUGUACUCUUCCCCUGGGUGUGCUAAAACAACAGCCUCCUGCGGUCCAGUUUGUGCCUCCACUUCCAGAGUGGAAGACGUCAGCGGUGCAAAGAAUGGGCUUUGGGAACUUAAACAAGGUUGUGCUGUGCUUUGACCGAGUGUUUUGGGAUCAAACGGUAAACUUAUUUGGUCAUGUUGGUAGCACCACAGCUAGCAGAGGCGAGCUUUUCCUGUUUUGGAAUCUCUACAAGGCACCAAUUCUGCUGGCCCUGGUGGCGGGUGAAGCUGCAGGCAUAAUGGAAAAUAUCAGCGAUGACGUUAUAGUUGGACGCUGCUUGGCCAUUCUCAAAGGGAUAUUUGGAAGCAGCGCUGUUCCACAGCCAAAAGAAACUGUUGUUAGCCGCUGGCGUGCUGACCCAUGGGCCCGUGGAUCUUAUUCAUAUGUGGCAGCUGGAUCUUCUGGGAAUGAUUAUGAUUUGAUGGCUCAACCAAUAACUCCUGGACCUGCGAUUCCUGGAGCGCCACAGCCCAUUCCACGACUUUUCUUUGCUGGGGAACACACAAUUCGGAACUACCCUGCAACUGUCCAUGGAGCGCUCCUGAGUGGAUUGAGGGAGGCUGGCCGAAUCGCAGACCAGUUCCUUGGUGUCAUGUAUAAUCUACCUCGUCAGGCUACGCCAGGAGUCCCUGCGCCUACUUUGUAGUUAUAGACUUCCGAAGUGUGAGGAAUGAAUUUACACUUAAUGAUGACAUAUAUAUUUAUAGUGAAUUACAAGUAUCUCUGAAUGAACUUUUACCAGACCAACCAUCAACCAAGCAUUAAUUUUCCAGUCUUCUUACAAACCUUGUUUUCCUGAUGGAGUGGAACUUUGAAUGGUUACAUCAUUUGUUAUGCUCUAGUUAUUUUUCCAUCAUAAAGACUGCACACUGAUGUUUUAAAUAAACAUUUAUCUUAAUAUGCA